AUGAAUUUCACACUUGUCGAUCAAAAUCUCACGGAAGUCUACGAUACAUCAUGGAACUACACGUACCCAACCACAGAAAAAGCGUACGUGGCUUCGCAUCACUAUUAUAACCAUCUUGAUCAGAUUGACUACAUUACUUUCAACAAAUUCAUAAAUGCGUGAGUUUUGUCUUUAAAAAUGUUAAAGGGAACAUUUUUUACAGAUCUAUACACUUUUUAGAUCCUGGAUUCAUCCACACAACUGUAUUUGAUUUCAUUCGUCUUGGUAUCACGGUUUUGGGAAUUAUGUUCAAUAUAUCGGUAUUAGUAGCGAAUCUGGUGAAUGGGAGGAACAAGCAUGGUAUACUCAAGUUAGUUGGACAACUAUGUAUUGAUAGUGAACAGUUUUUUUCAGAAUCAGACUUCUUGUGCUCUUUCUUUUACUCAUAAUGACAAUCACUUGCAUUAUUAUGACUGUUAUCUUCAUCUUCGACUGUCUAACGGACGUGAGCCAACCUAAUUUGGACCAUAAAACGCAAUUUCACAUUUAUUUAAAUUUCCAGGUCUAUGUAGAUCUUCAGAAGCUGUGGAGCGAAACGGAACAAGACGGCGAAAUGUCGUUUUUGUGGAGGAAUCUGGCCGAUUACCUCCUGCAGCCGAUGUUCGACCUCCAGUCGAUUAUGAUGAUGUACAUUGCGCUUGAUAGAUAUGCCAGUUUGUUUGUGGUCGGUGAAUGGACAUCAAGUUGUGUCUUAUGUUUCAACGUUCAGGGUUACUGGCCAUUCAUUGAGAACCGCAAGAGAUUAGCCUAUUUUCUCACGGCUCCACUGGUUUUCGCAUUCAUUCUUAUGAGCCCUGGAGUUCUACAUCUAGUCCUGCCAUUUGAAAGUUUUCUAUACGCAAGGUUCAUUUCAGUUCAAAUGAUAAAUGAAUCAACAAAGUUUCAGACUUGCACUUUUGCUACUCCCAUCAGCCAUCUCAUUCCUUCUUCUCUCAGUUUGUCUCGUGAUUAAGAAAGAGAGAUUGAAUUAUGACCCUGGGUUUAGCAUUUCUCUCUCAAAGUAGGUGCUAAACUAUAUUUCCUUGUUUUCGUCGACUUGAGGAGUUCAAGGACUUUUCGAAAUUGUUUUUCUUUUUCUUUCAGAGCUCUGGUCCGUGUACUUUAUAUAAUUGUGAUAAUGGACUUUGUCAGUCGCAUUUUUCUUUUCUUCCGCCUCGCCGAGGACAACAUCGACUUUGUUGUUCUCACGGGAUCGGAGAACGGAGACGCUGUCCUUCACACCGUAUUCAAUAUCGGCUUACAAGUACGCAUCAAUUCAUCAUUUACCCCUUGCCCCCUCUUUCUCUCACUUCCUACCGAUCAUAUGGUUUGACCUGUCACCUUUCAGGCCUCCAUCUGCGUCUACUACUUGGCGCCUGUAUAUAUUCCGAUCGCCCUGACACUCUUCGUCAAACAUUUCAGGGAUUCGGUAAAACUGGAAGUCUGUUGACCAAACCAUCAAAUUAUUUCAGAUUUUCUGCUGUCAACGGCUCAACAAAGUGCACAUCAUCUAG